UCCAAAGCGGUCCAAAGGGUCCAAACCAAUGAAUACUUCGUUGAUGGCGUUUGAAUUCGAAAGAACUGUUCAUUCGCAAAGAUGCGCACACAGGUUGUGAGUGUUGUGAGGAAACGAUUAGUAUAGUGGGACAUUACUAUAAGAAUGCAGUAUGGAGUACUAUGUAAUAACAAACUUCAUAGUAUCUGUCGCUGUCUGCUGCCAGAACCCAAUAUCCUCACAUUAAUUUGUGUUACUAUAAGAUAAAUUGUGAUAUGACUGCGAAAGUCGGAAUAGUGGAAUGAAAAGAGCGAGAAGAAGCGGUCAUCGCUAUAUAAAUGCACGAUAAACGCCUUUCUGUGGCAACACACAGAUGCAGUGUUGUCUAUGCUGGCGAUCUGGGCAACGGUGCUGUAGACGCGUUUCCGCAGCAACCGACAAACUUCCAACAGUACACGAAGAGAUGUUUUCCUUCAUGUCCGACCAAGAGGUUAUAUGACGAGGAUGGACAUGCAAGUAAACAAUGAGAGUUAAUGGUUUGCCAUGAGGACUGUACAUUGAUAGCACCCAGGAAUUGUACUACAGAGAAUUAGAGGAAUAUUUCCUACUCUAAGAGAAACAUGCUGGACCAAAGGAGCAAACCAUUGAUGACACCAACUUCAGACAGUGAUAAAAGAAUUCGGCGACCACCGAAUGCGUUCAUCAUCUUUGGUAACGAAUGGCGCCGAAAGUUGGCAGCAGAAUAUCCCGAGGAAAGCAAUAAAAAUAUUAGUGUGCGACUGGGUAACAUGUGGCGAGCAAUGAAAAGUGAAGAGAAAAAGAAGUACAUGGAUAUGGCAUGCCAGGCAAAUGCAGAGCACAAGGAAAAAUAUCCUGGUUACACAUACAACCCAAAAGAAGCGCGCAUACGAAAGGUUCUUCGUGCAGUGACCCGUGACCUGAGAAGCCAUAAGAAUGUAAAGGGCCGUAAGGCAAAUACCACCCGGCGUGUGAAACAGGCUGGCAGCCACCACAACCCUGUGCCAUCAAGGGGAAAAGAAUCAAUGUAUAUCUUGGAUAUGAUUCCCAUGGCUAACUUUGCAGCACCUAUUCUUAUAACUAUACCAGCAGCAGCCACUACAACAGCAACCCAGAAGGAACAAACAUCUGCCACAUCGUCAAACAAGAACAGCAAAAACUCGUCUGCCAGCACACAGCGAACUUCAUUAGAAAUUACCAGCACUCUGAGUGACAAUUCUGGUGGUGUCAUUGGAACAGAGAAUACAAACAGUCCCUUUCCAUCAUUCAAGCAAGCUUUUGGUUCCGAGGAAAUUGGCUGUUUUUCGUAUGAAGAACUUGUCAGCAAAACCAUUCAUCAAACUGAGAAUCACCAGUCUACUAGUAAUGAGAAUCCAAACCCACUGGCGUUCAAACUACCACCGUAUGAAUCUUAUGUAGAAGGUUUGCUGCCAGAGUCAGAGUUUAUGAAUGAGAUUCUUGCAUUUGACUCUGUUGCGAGUCUAGAUAAUCAGUUUUAAAGCAAAUUUUUUGAUAAAAUUAAAUGUUCUAAAAAUGAAAUGUGUGUUCAAUUGUAUUUUUAAUUAACCUUUAAACGCCGGACU